AUGGGGCCACGAGGAGGUCAUAAUGGAAGGCCCAAGUUCAACAGGGCAUCCCAGCAGCCGCGAGCUCUCAAGAGAAAGCGACAAGAAGAAGAUCUGGACGCACUAUCCCAAAGAGUUGACGACCUCGACCCCAAAUCUUCUGCGCCGCCUGAGAGUUUCUCAGAUCUGCCACUCUCGCGAGCAACAGCAGAUGGAUUAGAGGCUUCCCACUUUAAGUCCCUUACCACUAUCCAAUCGCGAACGAUUCCGUUAGCACUGAAAGGCUCAGAUAUCCUCGGCGCAGCCAAGACAGGCUCUGGCAAGACACUUGCCUUUUUAGUACCCGUUCUUGAGAACCUGUACAGGAAGAGAUGGACAGAAUAUGAUGGGCUCGGCGCACUUAUCCUUUCACCAACUCGGGAACUGGCGAUCCAGAUAUUCGAUGUCUUGCGCAAGAUUGGUCGGAAUCACACGUUCUCCGCAGGACUGGUCAUUGGAGGCAAGAGCUUGCAGGAAGAGAAAGAACGGCUGGGUCGCAUGAACAUCUUAGUUGCCACCCCCGGUAGAAUGCUUCAGCAUAUGGACCAGACCGCAGAGCUAGAGAUCGGCAAUUUACAGAUGCUGGUUCUGGACGAGGCUGACAGGAUUCUGGAUAUGGGAUUUCAGCAGACGAUAGACGCUCUCGUGGAGCAUCUCCCAUCGGAACGACAGACUCUUCUUUUCAGUGCUACCCAGACGAAGAAGGUCUCAGAUCUGGCCAGGCUGAGUCUGAAGGAACCCGAGUUUGUUUCCGUUCACGAGGCUGCCGAUAGUGCAACACCCUCAAGUCUACAACAAAACUACAUUGUCUCGCCCCUGCCAGAAAAACUCGAUACCCUAUGGUCUUUUAUCAGAGCCAAUGUCAAGAAGAAGAUACUGGUUUUUUUCAGCAGCGGCAAGCAAGUCCGCUUCGUUUACGAGUCCUUCCGUCACCUCCAACCAGGUAUCUCACUGCUCCAUCUACAUGGCCGCCAAAAGCAAACAGCCCGCCUGGACAUCACCACGAAGUUUUCGAACAGCAAGUACGCCUGCCUCUUUUCGACCGAUGUUGCAGCUCGAGGUUUGGAUUUUCCCGCUGUCGACUGGGUAGUGCAAGUCGAUGCACCAGAAGACGCCGAUACCUACAUCCACCGUGUGGGACGCACUGCGCGCUUUGAGCACGAGGGUCAUGCCGUGAUGUUUCUUGACCCCAGUGAAGAAAAGGGAAUGUUGGACGCGUUGGGCAAGAAGAAAGUUACCUUGGAGAAGAUCCAUGUGCGCCAGAAGAAAAUGCAAAACACGGUUCGGAAUCAAUUGCAGAACAUGUGUUUCAAGGAUCCCGAGUUGAAAUACCUUGGACAAAAAGCAUUCGUCAGCUAUGUGCGAAGUGUGCACAUCCAGAAAGACAAAGAGACGUUUAGUCUGAAGAAACUUGACCUUGAGCAGUUUGCUGCAAGUCUGGGUUUGCCUGGUGCACCUAGAGUCAGGUUUGUCAAAGGUGAAGAUGCGAAGGCUCGGAAGAAUGCCCCCCGAGCCCUCGUCGCAGCACUUGGUAGUAGCAGUGAAGAUGACAGUGACGCCACCAUUGGCAAGAAAGGCUCGAGGGAUAAACAAAAGACUGUGCGCACGAAAUAUGAUCGGAUGUUUGACCGUCGUAAUCAGGACGUUCUGGCGGAUCACUACACGAAACUAAUAGAUAACGACAAUGACGACUGGGCUGGCAAGUCAAGGCUGGUGCGUGAUCAUGCAGCUGAUGCAGAUUCUGACCACGAUUUCCUUUCCGUGAAGCGGCGGUUCGAAGCCGGAGACUCGGACCUCGAUCAACAAGAAGACCCAACCUCUUCAGCGGCAACAGAUUCAGAGCAUGAGCUAGGACCAGGAAAUGGUGAUUCUGGGCAGGCCAGGAGCAGGAGUGAAAAGCAGCCCAAACCCAAGACUUUACAACUCUCAACCAAUCCCUCGGCUGAACCUUUAACAAUCGACUCACACCGCCGCGAAAAGUUACUACAAUCCAAGAAGAAACUUCUCAAGUACAAAGGACACGGCACGCACAUGACUUUCGACUCGGACUCGGAUACGCCGCAAAACCACCGCGCGUAUCGGGAUGAAGCAACAUUCACAAACCAAGGCAAGUCUGGUGUCGAGGAGGAGAAAGCCCGCUUCCUGGAGCGCGAGCGCGACAGGGCGAGGAAGAUGGAUGUUGUUGACAAGGAAGUUGCGAGGGAGAAGAAACGAGAGAAGAAAGAUCGAAGGAGAGAGAGAGAGAGGGCAAUGCUAGCCAACGAAGAAGAUGACGAGGUCGGUGGUCCAUUGGCGACCCUAGCCCCAUAUGAUGAAGAUGAAGAAAUCACUACCUCGAGAGCUUAUGAGAGCGAUGAGGUAGGAACACCGCCUCCCAAGGCAAAACGACAAAAGAAAUGGUUUGAGGAUCCAUCUUCAUCGGAAGGUGAUGGCGAUCAGCAAUCAAGACAGAAGACAGCGAAGAAGAAGCAUAAACACCGUGCGGAUCGUGCAGUGGAACAACCACAAACAUUGGAAGACCUGGAGGCCUUGGCAUCCGGUCUGCUGGCGAAUGAUGGCGCCCGGUAA